AUUGCACAUUUUAUUCUUCCUCUAGGAGACGGACACCAGAUUGAGAAGCGACAAGUCACAUGUCCUUCUGUUGCCAACAUCAACAACUAUCUAGAUCAGGUGAUUAAUAACGCUAAGUCUGAGAUACCCGAUCCCUUAAGUCUUCCAGAUAAAAACGAUAAGGUCCAGCUAAGAAAUGGUAAAAUAGAGGGCCUGUCUACUCUGUACCGCAGUGGAGACGCUAAGAUAUCUUGCACCGGCAGUGCGAUAUCCCUGGAGGUCAACUUAGGUGCUCGUCGUCUGAGAGGUGGAUAUGAUUGGAAGAAAAAAAUCCUUUUUGUCAAACUUAGGGGUAGAGUCAGUGCAAAAGUGAGAAGUUUUUCAGUCUAUGGUAAAAUCACCCUGAAGCUAGCCCCUGGAGCUCACCCAUCUAUCGAAAGGUUUGAUAUCACCAAUUUUAAGAGACUUACAGCUAGCGUCACGGGGCUAGGUCCUAUCGGGUGGACAAUUUCUGCAAUCGUAACUCUUUUAGGGAGAAUUUUCAAAAGAGCUGUAGCCAAUGCUCUUGAAAGGCCAAUACGUAAAGCUUUAAACAAACAGCUACAGAAAGUCAACUUUCCAAUUCCUUAAAUAUCGGAGCAUGAAUGAACACUGGGUGGUAGUUGUUAUCCUGUUAUCAGUAAAAAACUUUCUUAGUUGAGUCACUACAGUGUCUUGGAGCCGUUCAACCAGAGAACACCGAGGACUCGCUUUGUAUUAAUUCUAUGAAUAACUUUAAUAAAAUGAGUAGUUCAUUCAAUGUA